CAGACUAAAUUAAAAUGGCGGCGCCCAUGUGAAAAGGAAAAAACAUUGCAUUUGUGCAACUGAACCACAGUACACUAUUUUACGUACGUUUGUUUGCAGUGCUGCUGAUUUUGUUUAGUUAUGAGUGCAGUUUCGAUCGCUAGUAGACGAGUUUAUAACCAACCAUGAACACUCAAGUGAAAAGGAUGACAUGCGUAAUGUCAAGUGUCAUCAGUUUUAAUCCACUCCAAAGACUGGCAUCAAAACCUCUACCAAAGUCCACUCUCCAACGCCAACUAGGAAAGCUUCAAAAUGUUCCAACUGCAAACCACAUUUGCUGGUCGGGCACACAGAGAACCUUGACAUCCAUCAGAAGUGUAAACAAUUAUGAACAUCAGUGGAAAGCAUACAGUACACAAAGUUCUAAUCAGAAACCAGCUGGUGAAACUGAAACAGAUGAGGCAGAUCGUCAAAGUGGUAGAGUUUCAGAACAACUCGGCAGCGAGACACACUGUAGUAGCACUGAUGAUAUGACCAGAGGGGGGACGAUGAAUGAUUAUGUUAGAAAAGCUUCUUUGGCUAGGGAGAAGAUGAAGGAGAAGAUGGCGGACACUGUUAAGGAUAUGAAAGAGAACAUCUUUACCAUACCCAAUCUGCUGUCUACUACAAGGCUGGUCUUGUCUCCAAUUAUAGGCUACUUAGUGAUCCAUGAAUGCUACACCAUCGGAGCUUGCUUGUUCACCUUUGCUGGAAUUACAGACUUGCUGGACGGUUACAUUGCAAGGAACUUCAAGAACCAACAGUCUGUCCUUGGAUCUAUUAUUGACCCCCUAGCUGAUAAGUGUCUUGUGACUAUUCUUGCCUUGAGUCUUACAGUCAGUGGCCUUAUUCCAGUUCCGUUGACAGUCCUUAUGAUCAGCAGAGAUGUUGGUCUAGUAGGCAGUGUUGUCUACCUGCGGUACCAGUCUCUAUCACCACCUCGUACAGUCAGUAGAUUCUUUGAUGUUACCCACGCCACCGUGCAGCUCAAACCCACCACAAUUAGUAAGUUGAACACAGCGGUCCAGCUCAGUCUAGUUGGGUUCACUUUAGCUGCACCUGUCUUUCAGUAUGUUGAUCAUCCCUUCCUGCAUGCACUUUGGUACACAACUGCUGCUACUACAGUCUUGUCCAUUUUCAGCUACGUAUUCAGCAAAGAUGCAUUUAAGUUUCUGAGGAAGUAGAUCUCAGGCGUCAUUUUGUAGAUUAUUAAAAAGUAGUUUACCCCUAAAAGAACACAUUGGUCUUGUACUGCAGUUGCAUAAAGUAUUUGAUUAAAAUAAAAGUACUGGACCUGUGAGUCUCUACAGGGUAACAUGUUUACUUCAAGCUAUUUUUAAAAAGUAUUCAAGUCCAUCGCAUGAAUAUUGUACUUAAGGCUCAGCUAUGUCAUUAGUGCCCUUUGAUAAUUCCUUUGCUGUUUUAAGUGGACAUUGUUAAGUUAAUCCCGACUGGGAAGAAAAAAACAAACAAAAACUGUUUCCUACUGACAUGACUGAUGGGAGGAGAAAAAGAUGAGAUAGAAAUCAAUACAAUAGACCCCUUGCAGUGGCUGAAAUCACCACAAGCUAACCAUGGCAACUCCCAAGUGUGUACUGGCUACAUAUGCACCACACACAGUUAUCAGCCGAUCGAAGGUCUACCUUUGACCUCAGUCAGGGCGCUGUUUUGAGCAAGUAUGAUUUCUAUCAAUGUAUGCAAGUACAAAAUGUACAAUUUUUGGGGACUGUUCAAAUUUGGAACAAUGAUUAGUUGGAGAAAUCAUUUAUCAUGCUGUUGAAAUUUACACUACACAAUCAUUUUUUCUUCUUCCCCAGUUUGCCAAUAUUACAUUUUCAAAUGUUAUCAAAGCCGUUAUAUGCUGCUGAUCCUCCCAGUUGAUUGUUAUGGUUUAAUAUUUGUAAUUUUCAGUGAUUUGGAAAUGUACUUUUUUUUAGAGACUUACAAAGUACUUGGGG